CGCAGCGGCCUCGCUCCCACAGUAUGGCCGGCGACAUUAGCUAGCGCUCGCUCUACUCUCUCUAACGGGGAAACAGCGGACUACAAGAGACUGAGCUGUAUCUGCCUCUAUUUCCAACAGACUCACGUUCAACUUUCGCUCACAAAAAAGAAAAGCCGGGAAAAUUUUAUUAACCCUUUUUUUAAAAAAGUUAAUAUAAAAUUAUAGCAAAAAAGGAACCUGAACUUUAGUAACACAGCUGGAACAAUCCGCAGCGGCGGCGGCAGCGGCGGGAGAAGAGAUUUAAUUUAGUUGAUUUUCUGUGGUUGUUGGUUGUUCGCUAGUCUCACGGUGAUGGAAGCUGCACAUUUUUUCGAAGGGACCGAGAAGCUGCUGGAGGUUUGGUUCUCCAGGCAGCAACCCGACGCAAACCAAGGAUCUGGGGAUCUUCGCACCAUCCCAAGAUCCGAGUGGGACAUACUUUUGAAGGAUGUGCAAUGUUCAAUCAUAAGUGUGACAAAAACUGACAAGCAGGAAGCUUAUGUACUCAGUGAGAGUAGCAUGUUUGUCUCCAAGAGACGUUUCAUUUUGAAGACAUGUGGUACCACCCUCUUGCUGAAAGCACUGGUUCCCCUGUUGAAACUUGCUAGGGAUUACAGUGGGUUUGACUCAAUUCAAAGCUUCUUUUAUUCUCGUAAGAAUUUCAUGAAGCCUUCUCACCAAGGGUACCCACACCGGAAUUUCCAGGAAGAAAUAGAGUUUCUUAAUGCAAUUUUCCCAAAUGGAGCAGCAUAUUGUAUGGGACGCAUGAAUUCUGAUUGUUGGUACUUGUAUACUUUGGAUUUCCCAGAGAGUCGGGUAAUCAAUCAGCCAGAUCAAACCCUGGAAAUUCUGAUGAGUGAGCUUGACCCAGCAGUUAUGGACCAGUUCUACAUGAAAGAUGGUGUUACUGCAAAGGAUGUCACUCGUGAGAGUGGAAUUCGUGACCUGAUACCAGGUUCUGUCAUUGAUGCCACACUGUUCAAUCCUUGUGGGUAUUCAAUGAAUGGAAUGAAAUCGGAUGGAACUUAUUGGACUAUUCACAUCACUCCAGAACCAGAAUUUUCUUAUGUUAGCUUUGAAACAAACUUAAGUCAGACCUCCUAUGAUGACCUGAUCAGGAAAGUUGUGGAAGUCUUCAAGCCAGGAAAAUUUGUGACCACCCUGUUUGUAAAUCAGAGUUCUAAAUGUCGCACAGUGCUUUCUUCGCCCCAGAAGAUUGAAGGUUUUAAACGUCUUGAUUGCCAGAGCGCUAUGUUCAAUGAUUACAAUUUUGUUUUUACCAGUUUUGCUAAGAAGCAGCAACAACAGCAGAGUUGAUUAAGAAAAAUGAAGAAAAAACGCAAAAAGAGAACACACAUAGAAGAAGGUGGUGGCUGCUUUUUAGAUAUUGAUACCAAGGGCCAUGCUUUCCAUAACCACCACCUUGUAGUUGCAGAAAGCCCUAGAUGUAAUGAUAGUGUAAUCAUUUUGAAUUGUAUGCAUUAUUAUAUCAAGGAGUUAGAUAUCUUGCAUGAAUGCUCUCUUCUGUGUUUAGGUAUCCUAUGCCACUCUUGCUGUGAAAUUGAAGUGCAUGUAGAAAAAACCUUUUACUAUAUGAAACUUUACAACACUUGUGAAAACAACUCAAUUUGGUUUAUGCACAGUGUAAUAUUUCUCCAGGUAUCAUCCAAAAUUCCCCACAGACAAGGCUUUCGUCCUCAUUAGGUGUUGGCCUCAGCCUAGCCAUCCAUCUGGGACUGGGACUGUUCUAUUAAAUUGCUACCAGGAUUUUGCAUCCAGUUACCUCCACUUUCUAGAACAUAUUCUCUACUAAUGUUAUUGAAACCAAUUUCUACUUCAUACAGAUGUUUUUGCAGCACCAAUCAAAGUUCUUCUUCCACAAGUCGAGUCCUCUACGAAAAUGACUGCAGUUAUCCAUUUUGUGUAUUACUAUCUCACUGCUUCCUAUACUCGUGUGACUUUAAUUGAUUCAUUCCUCACCAUGGUGUCGCCCUCCCAACCACACCCCCUCCAUAAAGCAAUACACUGUUACACUGUGGGUUUACACUAACCUUAUACCCCAGAGGGGGUACGGGGGGCGGGGUGGACCCUGGGCUUAAUUUUCUUUUAAGGUCAAGGGAGUUUGGCAUUUUUCGUUACCAUGAGCUCUUUUGGAAUAAGCUGGUGUUGAUUAGCAAAGAAGGUGUAGAUUGAUACUAGGGAAUAUUAGCAGAACUGUAUGGAAACUGUAUGCAAUUCUGUGCCCCCCAUUAAAUGAGAUUAGCUUCUCAUGGGUACCAUGUCUUUGUUAACUUGAUAAGUAGUAGUAUAAAAAAAUUAUCACUAAAUUUGUUAGCAUGGAGAUUUAAGAUAAAGGUUGUGUUGGAUUCAACAAGUCAAGUCAGCUCAGAUGAUUCACCUCAACUUUUACUUUCAUAGCCAUUUCCACUAAUUUCUAUUAAUGAUAUGCCAUAAACUUUCGUUCAAAGCAGAAUCGAUGUCUUUGCCAUCUUUGUGACUUAAAAAGUUCUGUGACUUUGUGAUACAUGUGAUAGUGUUCUGACGGUUCCUCUUACUGGUAUCUCUUUCACCAUGGAGUAACAUCAAGUGAUGAAUGAGAACUGUUCAGGUUAUUCAGACAUACUACACAGUGAAGCAGAGUGCUAUCCAUAAAACAUGACAUGCAAAAUUCCAAAAUGGUCAAUGGGAAAUGACUAGAAAUACAGGCUUAAAAGAGUUGGCAUCUUUUAGCUGUAUUUGCUAAUACAGACAUUUAUUUAAGCAGCUGAGAAAAGAGCAAAGUUGACUCAAUUUUGUAUUUCUUCUUGUCCUCAAACAAUUUUUGAUUCUUUCUGGAUUGAUGCAGUGAUGUUUUUGUUCCUUCCGUAUUUAUAAAUGAAACACUUUUUUUUAGUGUUUCUAAACAUAAAUUCUACUUGGUUUGAAAUCAAGUGGUUGGAACACUUGACUUUUAAACAUGUUGUUGACUCAGAGCUUCAUUGAAGAAGUUUCAAUCAAUGGAUCAGUCCGAUUCUGUAAUUAGUGCACAGUACCUAAUGUUUUGGUGCUAUUAUGAGGACCAAUGCUCAAAGUGGAUUUUGUUCUUGAACAGUGUCCCAGUAGAUUUGAUGAACAUUUAUUGGCUUGAGGUCUGAUCGCCUGCCCCCACCCCAGCCCAAUAGAUUUAAGAUUUCUAUUUAAUGUUGAGAAACUGCACAAAUUUGUAUGGAACAAAGCCUAGAAAAAUAAAAACUAUAGAUUGAAUAGUAAUCUAAAUUAAUCCUAGUGUGUGUGAUAGAGGAGGGAAAAUUUUGGUGCCAUAAUUUCUCUCUUCAUGGUGUUGGACUUAAAUCAGUUGAAAUGUAUUUCUGUACCACAAUUUAAGCUUCAAUAAAGGUUUGCUUAAUUCAUU